AAUUAUUGUCCACUUAAUUGGCCGACUCCAUGCACUGACAGUGCACGACAACCUGUUGCUUAUUGCCGCAUCAUUCCCGCGCCUGCGGAUGCUGGGACUAUUUUUGCUAUCCGAUCCGCACGGUACAACCGGCGACCAGUUCCUACCGUGACAGUUCCACUGGUUCCGUUAAAUGAUGCUACUGUGUGCGCGGUUUAAAAUCCAAGUUCAUUAGCAGUUUGUAUACAGUAAUAAUCUUAUACUGUGAAUAAAAUACAAACGUGAUGCGGUGUUUGUCUAUUACACACUGGACUGGCUUUGUUACAUUUAUGGUCAGUCGCAGGUAACGUUCAGGCAAGUCUUGGGAUGUUCGUGAUCAAGUGAUUAUUUUAAGAAAUUGCGCAGAUGAUGGUUGACAAUGGGUGAUCAUGCAUGAUGCAGCAGCUGAUGAUUUUUAGUAUGUUGAUAUCGGACAAAAAUCGUCCGGAUCUUUUGGGAGAUAAAUUCAUCCAGGUUUCGGACUUCUGUUCGGCUGUGAUUUAUGCAAGCACGCAUAAGUUAUUUUUCUUAGACAUAUGUACUUGAGCUUAUCAAAAACUUUUGGUAUAAUUUCUUAAGUUGUGUUUAUCUUUAAGCGGAAACCGUUUAUCUUUAAGCGGAAACCGUUUAUCUUUAAGCGGAAACCUUUAAGCGGAAACCAUAACCAUAGUUCACAUAACAUUACUAUGUUGGAUGUCGGUUUGAUGUUUCCGGAAGAGCGCGUUUUGUUAUAAACUAUUCCUUUUAACGUUUUUGUGUAAAUGGACCCUGUAAAAAUGCCGAAAAGCGCAUGCUGUGGAGAAGCGUGGCCAUUUUUUUACUCGUGCAUUUCGUCAUUUCGAAAGCGAUGGAGUGUAUGUGCCGGCAACGUUCAAACAGAAAUUCAUCCAGAAUCAGAACCAUGCCGGCCUUGUUACCGCAAUCGCAGGCAUAGCAAGCUUAAGCGAUUUACCUGGUGGAAAUCGGUUUGCUACCAUUAUUUAGCAGAUGUUGUUAUUACCCGAAUUUAUUUGUUACUUACGUGCCAAUGGUUAUUGCUGUCAUGGAUAAUGCCUGUGAUGGAUGCUGCCGUGUUCACUUCCGAUCCGCGCUACCGACUCUGGCCCAAUCCCACCAGGAUACCUUACCAAAUAGAGAUUAACAAUAUAAAUUCACAGGACUUCAACUCACUUAUGGCUGCCAUGGCGCAGAUAUCUUCGGAUACAGCCCAAUGCAUCCAGUUUAUUCCUUAUGACGCCAAUAUUGACAGGGGCGCCGAUUUUGUACUGUUUCGUAACCGGCUUACCACAGGAAUAAUUGAUAUUUGCUACACAUUUCCUGGAUUGGUUACCAACAACGGAUUCGGCCAAGUAGCAGUCGUAUUUGGCUCCAACAGUUGGCCCGGUAAUAAUGCAACGGGUGCCAGUAUUCCCGGGAUUGGCAGCGGCACCACGAUCGGGCAGCCCAACUUACCAGGCGCUUGUUUAGAUAGCCAGCGUGACACGAUGCGCGUACUGAUGAAUAUUCUGGGUAUUCGUAACGAGCACAACCGCAACGAUCGCAGCUCGUACCUGGCCUUUCAGUCCGCCGAUCCCAAUACACUGGUAACGUCCACUCUACAAAAGUACAACAUCUUUACGCCGUACGCCAAUAAUUCCGUGGCCACAAUCGCCAGCACCUUCGAUUAUAAUUCGGUGACCUUAGUCACCGGACAGCAGUAUGCUGCAUCGCCCAAUGCACCGGUCUUUGUUCCGCUGGGAACGAAUAUCAUUGGGCAGCUGCCCCGGCUCAGCCGCACCGAUUGCUUGCUGAUGAAUUUACUGUACAGCUGCAGUUCGCCAUGCCCAGACCCAUAUACGUCUUCCGGCACGGUAAUUUUUGGAACUCCUCGGACCUUUCUUAAACAUGUAUACUGUCCGCCGUUGACAGCGUCCAGCUUUCUGACAACUCCACUGGUGAUUGGCGAUGUAACUAUAACCAAUGCCCCGGGUGUGGCAUUUCGCUACACAAUAAGUCCUCAAGCGGGUUACCUAUCCGUGAUCAGUACGACGAAGUCAUUUCCGGGCCGCCCAGAUUUGCCGGCUGGACGGAUUGUGCUCACACAGAUCCCCAGCAAAGGUUUUGUCAAUGGACAAUUUACCGUGACCGCUAUUUCGACCAGCGGGGGCUUGCAAGGCACCACUACCGUCACGUUGACGGUCAACUGUGUGCCGAAUUUUGUUUCGUCCUAUGGAGGAAGACCCACAUUCACACAGCCGUCAAACAUUGGACAACCCACCACAUUCGCCACGCCCAACCAGCCACCGGACGUAUUUUCCAUUACUAUUGGUUCCAAUGAAUCUCCGGGUAUAUAUGUCAACUGUUACAACGAAGACCUUCCAAGUAACGCCGCAGUUUAUCUUCCCAGCUGUGUUGGCUUCGUACAGGCAGCCGAUCCAGAAGGCGGACGAGUGUCAUACUAUGUGACGUCACCCUUCCCUGAUGCCAACUUUAACCGCGAUUAUUCCGUAACACAGGACGGCGUCAUUUGUUUCGGCGACAACAACGGUCUUCUUCCCGGAAAUCCUCCCGAUAUUUUCCCCUACGCAAGCCCCAUUACGAGGACCGAGGACAUCUACGUUGCGGCUGUUGACCCCAUCGGUGGAAUAAGUGUUAUUCACUACAGGAUAUUUAUUCAGUGCGCUCCUAUUGGUUAGUCCAGCGGAUGCACGGAUCAAGAAACAACACUCUACCAAAAUCUUAAGCCACCUGAAAAUUUCUGUAACUAGUAACGUACCUAGCUAAUUUCUUCAGUGAACCCGCUCCAAUAAGCAAAUCGGUUUUGUUUUUGUAUCAAAGUGGAAAACGCCAUUGCG